AUGGAACCUUUACGUCAAGCCACUGCGCUCAAUGAGCAAGGCAUUCACCUGGUUACAUCUGGCCAACCCAAUGAGGCGCUCAGGUGCUUCAAGUCUGGAUUGGCUCUGCUAGCCACCGUUGCUGCUUCAGAGGAAGCUCCUGUCAUUUCCCCACCUGCCAAAUUCGGAGGCACGACGGCAAGUGCCAACACCAGCAUUGUGGUGAAAGCCACGGACAAGGAUGUAUUCUUUGAGAUCUCCUCAGUGGAAUCACAUCAUGGUGUGAUCCAUCCUUCCACUGACCACCUGUCUCUCUACAGUGCGGCUCUGAUCUUCAACUGUGCCAUUGCAUUGGAGCGCAAAGCCAGCAGCUGCAGCGACCUUGCUGUCGCCUACAAGGUAUCUGACAAGGCUCGUCGUCUCUUGGAGCGAUCCUUGCAACUGUUGGGCAUGAUCCAUCAAGCAAGGCAAUUCAACUGCAGUGAAGCCAUUACCCAUGUGGUGCGCAGACUAGCCUCGCACUUUCACAGGAUGGGUGACUAUGUCUCUGUGAUGAGGUUACUGGACGGUCUGAUGCAGUUGGGGAUUGCUUCAGCAAUUGUUCUAACGUCCGACGGUGACGAUGCUGAUGAUAAGGGAUCCGCACACGCGCCAGUUGCAUGA